UUGUGUUUCUGAUUCAUUCAAUACCUGUCAAAGAAAAACUAUUAUAACCUGUGUUAAUUUUGAAAAUGAACAGAAUAUUUGGAAAAGGCAAAGAUAAAGCACCACCACCUAAUUUAACAGAUGUCAUUCAGGGGGUGGAUGGUAGAGCAGACUCAGUUGAGAAAAAAAUUGCAAAGUUAGAUGUAGAAUUAAAGAAGUAUAAGGAUCAAAUGGCCAAAAUGAGGGAAGGACCAGCUAAAAAUAAUGUGAAGCAAAAAGCUCUCCGAGUGCUAAAGCAGAAAAAGAUGUAUGAAUCACAAGUAGACAACUUAAGACAACAGGCAUUCAAUAUGGAACAAGCCAACUUCGCUACCCAAUCCCUGAAGGAUACUCAAGCCACUAUUGAUGCGAUGAAAGCUGGCGUCAAAACCAUGCAGAAAGAGUUUAAGAAAAUAAACAUCGAUCAAAUCGAGGACCUCCAAGAUGACAUGGCAGAUAUGCUGGACUUACAUGAAGAGGUACAAGAAGCUCUGGGACGAACCUAUGGCACACCCGAGAUAGACGACGAUGAGUUGCAGGCAGAACUUGAUGCUCUCGGGGACGAGAUUGCUCUUGAUGACGACACCAGCUACUUAGACGAAGUUAAAGCACCAGCAGCCCCGAGCAAAGAGCCUGGUGCGGACAGUGUCAAAAACAAGGAUGGUGUAUUAGUGGAUGAAUUCGGUCUGCCACAAAUUCCAGCAUGAUAAGACAUGCAAAAAACAACCUAAAGAAGUGAUUCUUUGUGGGCUGCCAUUUUCUUCAUCACUUCACUAAUUUUCUUAACAAUGAGGCAGUAGUAUUACAAAGUUAGUAAAACAAAACUAUAAGUAUUGUAACAAUACAGUUUUAUAAUAUUGCACUUAAUCUUGUUCUUAAGUCCAUGACAGCAAAACAUUUUAAACAUUGCUUUCAUGAGAAAUGUAGUUUUAAAGGGUAAGAGGUUCUAAGCAAAAUUGUCUCUUGCCAACUUUAAUUAAAAAUAAAAUGUUCACAAAAUUAUAAGACUGUGUUAUUAAGUGUUUGUUGUUUCACAACUAAAAUGAUACAAUAUUUAAUUAAAACUGAAUACGAACACAUUCAAUUUAGAAAUCACUGCUUUAAAAUCUAAACUAAUGUAAAAAUAAAAUAUUAGUAUAUGAUUCUGCAAAGUGUAGAUCAUGACCAUGAGACAACCAAGUUAUCAAUUAAAUGUUGUAUUAAGUGCUACUUUCAUUAUUUACCCUUAUUUUUUAGACAAUUUAAUAACAUUAAGUUAACUAGUUUACAAAGUAUUUUUACUCUACACUUGAAGUUUGUGAAAAGUUUGGUUACAAAUUAAUGUAGGCCUAAACUAAAUUAUUUACUUAAGUUCUAAUAAUUUUUUUGUGAAAAGUCUUCAUUUUUGCAGGCGUUGAGAAAGUGUGAUUAAAGUUACCUAUAAUAUACAAUACAUUAUGUAUAAUAAUUUACUAUUUUUUAAUCCCGAUUGCGUAACUGUUUAAAACACGUAUACAGGGUGUCCGGUCAUAAGUGUUAAAUAAAAUUUUGCAUCAAACUACAUGGUA